AUGAUGAGCCUGAACCUAUAUGAGGCGUCACGAAUUAAAAACCGUUCAGAUGAACGUGAUCAUAUACAAAAAUGUUUGUUUACCAAUUGGAUUAAUGCUCAAUUAGAUGGAGUGUUUUCAUCGGAAUUUCUCACUUAUCUAUCUUAUCCAAAUGAUCUACAUAACAGUUGGGCAUAUCAUAAUAGUUCAAUGAAUAGAUUACCACAUUCACCAUCAUGGGAAUCAUCACCAUCUACACAUAGAUCAUAUGCUAUUGGACAUACUUAUUUAGUGAAAGAACUAUAUCAUGAUUUACGUGAUGGAAGAAUUUUACUUCGUUUAUUAGAAUUAUUAUCAGGAAGGCAAUUUACAAGAAUUAAUCAUAGCAGAAUGAGAAUUCAUCAAUUGGAGAACAUCAAUAAGGCACUUGAUUUUCUUUAUGAAGAAGGAGCACAUCUUGAAAAUGUCGGUGCACAAGAUAUUGUCGAUGGUAACCCAAGAAUUACAUUAGGUCUAAUAUGGACAAUUAUAUUACAUUAUCAGGUUCAGGAUAUCGUUGUAAAAGAAUCAGAUGAAACUGGUGAAGUUAGACAUGCAAGAGAUGCUUUGCUACUUUGGUGCCAGCUUAAAACAGCUGGAUAUCCUCAAGUUGAGGUUGUUGAUUUUACAAAAAGUUGGCGAGACAGUUUAGCAUUUGCAGCUUUACUACAUCGACAUUAUCCAGAUUUGAUUGAUUAUGAACGAAUACGUCAUAUUGAUAGUUUACAAGUACGGCUAGAAAUUAUCUUUCAACGAGCCUAUCUACAUUUAGGCAUACCAAUACUAAUCGAAUCAAAAGAUUUUACUCAAACAUGUUGGCUAGAAGAACGUUGUGUAAUGACUGUUGUUGCGACUUGGUAUCGUUAUUUAACCAGUUCACAUAAUACAAAAUUAUCAUCGGAACGUGUUAGUAAAGUGAUUCAACACAGCUUAAUCAUAAGUCACAAAAUAUUUGAUUACAUUAAACAAGCAAAACGAUGGCUUAAAUGGUCCAAUGUAAAUAUUAACCAGAUUAACCAGUUGCUAAUUAAGCUACAAGAAUCGAAUCAAAUUAGAAAUGAAUUGGAUGUAAAGCAAGAAUUACAGAAUUUAAUGAUUUGGCGCCGAAAGGAAAAAGCAGAAAAAAUGUCUGAACUAGUCCAAUUAGAAACCCUGUUAACUGAAAUUCACACUAGUCAGUUGGCUGAAUCACAUCGAUUAUUCAAACCGCCAAAUGGUUUCAGUCUCAAUGACUUAGAAGAAUCUUGGAAAUGUUUAAUCAAAGUUGAACAUAACUGUCAUUUGGGUAUUGUAGAUGAAUUAAUUCGCCGAGAAAAUGUAAAUUUAUUAGGCAUAAAAUAUGAACGUAAAAUUGAAUUAUGCUUAAAUUGGUUACAAGAGAAUAUACAAAUUAUUAAUUUAGCAACACAAACUGAAGAUAUGAAAUUAUUAGAACAAAUGAAUUUAUUUAAAGUAUAUUUGAUUCAUUUAACUACUACUACUACUACUACUACUCAUGAACAAUCACAGGAAUGUCAAUCAUUUCCAAUUCAUCAUUUAAUCAUUACUCGUCAUCAAAUUACAUCAUCACAACAGAAACAUUCCGCUUUUAUGAAUGAUACCGAAACUUAUAUUCAUUUAAAAUUAUAUAAAUUAAAUGAAUUAUUACAAAAGUUAACAGUAUCAUCUAUACCUCAAUUACAAUGGGAUAAAUAUCAAAACCAUUGGGAUCAUUUAUUAAUGAUGAAUAAUCGAUUACAAAUUAAAUUAUAUAAUCGUGCAAAUGAUUUAAAAUUUUAUCAAGAAUGGUUAGAUUAUUUAUUACAAUUCAAUAAUCAAUUCGAGAUCAUGAAUAAUCAAUUUAAACAAUUCAAUCAAUUGAUAAAAGAAAAUAAAACCAAUUCAGUGGAUACCUAUUUAGAUCAAUUACAAAUGGAUAUUAAUCAAUUAGUGAUAUGGAUUGAAUCUGUAAAAACUUUAUUGAAUAGAAUAGAUCAUUCUGAAGUAAAACAUCUUGAUGAUGAUGAUAAUAAUAAUAAUAAUCAAUCAAGAUCAUAUUUACAAAUCAAUAUUAGACAUAGUUUAGAAUCUAUUCAAUUGUAUCAUUCAAAUCUUGAAAAGAUUUUAUUAGAUAUAAGUCAAUGGAAUACAACAAUAAAAAAUGUAUAUCGUUUAUUAAAUGAAAUGAAUGAAGAAUUAUUAUGGAUAAAAGAUCAAAAUGAUUCAAUUAAACCCCUUGAAUUUCUUAAAGAGGAACUCGUUGAAAAUUUCGGUCAGGUUGGUAUACAGACUCAUCAUUUGCAAAAUAGAUUACAUCUACUUAAUAAUGAACUUCAUUUAAGAUACGGAAUUAAUUAUUAUAAUCAUCAUUUAACUUCAUCAAAUCAAACAUUAUAUGAAGAAUUACAACAAAUUACAACUAAGUUGAACUCUAUAAAUUUCAACCAACUAACUAUGAAUGAUAUUUCUUUAAUGAGUAUUCUUAAUAAUAUACAUCUUGAUGAAUACAAAUCAAAUGAAACUGAAGUAUAUAAUGGAAAUGAAUUGAUUGAGGAUUUGAAAAAAUGCUCAUUAAUACGAAUAUAUGAAGAUAUUAUAAUCUAUUUAGGAAAUAUGCAUCUAUUCAAUUUUCCACUGGAUAAUUCAACAUUUCAUAACUAUCAGUAUAUUCAACAUGAAGAACGUUGUACAAAAGUUGUUGAAUUUGUUAAAUUGUUACAAAGACAAUGGAAUAAAUUAUUGAUUGCAAUUAAUGACAUAAAUAUUAAAUUGGCAAGACAUAAUCAAUAUUUAAAUGGAUUAUAUAGCUUAGUGAUACUUAAUAGUAAAAUUGAAGAAACUAAUUUAAGAAUAUGUGAAACAUAUAAUAGUGUUCAAUUGAUAUCAAUGCUUGCCGACUAUCAUGAACCGGUUAGAGAUAAAUCAAUGCAGAAUGAAGUCAUUGAUACAUAUAAAACAAGAAUAAAAUCAAUGACAAUUACUAAUACACUGGGAGAACAAAAAGCUUUAACAAUUAAUAAAGAAAUUGUGAUUAAUUCAACAUUAAGGCAAAUGGAUCAUAUAAUUGAACAGUUGAAAUUAUUUACUACUCAUUUAAAUCGACUACGAAAUGAAGUAUAUGCUUUUCUACCAGCCAGAUCUGUUCUAAAUGAAAAUGAUUAUUCAGAAUUUCAUCUCUUGAAAACCAAAUUAAAUAAUCUUUAUAGAUCUAGAAAAUCUCAUGUGGAAGUAACAUUUCAAUCUGCUAAACAACAAAACACUAAUAAUGAAGACAAUUAUAGUAGUGAUCAUAGUGAUGAAGUUUCACUAACCGGUCUACGAACAGUUGGCUCAUCAUUUCAAGAGGAUAUAGAUUCCGUUAUUUCUAAAUCCAGUCUUGAAGAUGAUAAAGAAGAGAAGAUAGACAAAAAUCAACUCUCAAGAACAACCACAUUGCAUGAAACACUGAAUUUACAACAAACUGAUUGUGAAAUGACUUUGGCUGCUACUGAGUCCGAGAAUAGUCUACAGGAAUUGUUGUUUACAUCAACAAAAUCUAUCAUGAGUAGUACUGAAGGAAAUGAGGAUAAUAAAUAUUCUGAACAAAAUUAUAGAACUCCGAUGAAUUCUCCUGAAGCACAUGAAUUACACAUAUUAUUACUUCCAAAUGUUUCAAUGAUUGCUCAUCAUUUAUUAAAUAGGUUAAGUUUUAUUCAUAUGCAUUUCAUAGAUUGUUUAGAAAACAGUUUAAAAAUAAGAGAUAAAUUGGAACUUCGACGUAAUGUUUUGCGUCUUGUUGACAAUAUUGUAUCAAUGGGAAAUUGGAUUGAAGAAAAGGAGAGAAUUCUGUUAACAUUCAAUCCUAUAAUAUAUCCUUCGAUGGAGUUUUUAAAAUCUUUACCAAUACCAUAUCCUAUUACUGUUACGGAAGAUAUUAUUCAUGCUAUAUCACAACUCUCUAUACAAGCUUAUCGUUUUAAAACAUUUGAACAUGAACUAAUAAGUCAUGCAAAUUUAAGAUUAAGUGAAAUUGGAAUGCUUAAUGAAGGAUUAUCGGAAAAUUUAAAGAAGCUUGACAAAGAAAGGGAUUUUAGUAUUCUUCAAUUUAUUCAGUCUACUAUAAAACUUAAUUUAUCAGUCGAGGAUUAUGCGGAUGAUGAUGAAGAUGAUGUUGAUGAUGGUGAUAAUGAAGAGGCACAGGAGGAUGAGGAUAGUAGUGAAGCCAUAGAUAAACCAUAUGAAAUUAGUGUGGAUAAAGAAAGUAGUCAAGAAUUUGUUGAAACUAACCAUGAAAAUAAAAUGUUUUACCGACGUACAUCGAAAAACUUUAGUUAUGAACAAACUGACGACAAUAAUGUUGACGAACCAAAAUAUUCAAAAUUAUUAGAUUAUAUUAACAAGAAAUGGCAACGUUUGAAGCUUUUACUCAAUGCACGUCAUGAACGGUUUGAAUUAGCUGCAUAUUUAUCAAAAUACCAUACUUUAUGUCAAAGUACAAAGGAAUGGAUAAUACGUAAAAGAGAAUUACUCAUCUCAACUGAUGAUUUAGGUACAGAUUUAAAUAGUGUUAUGCAAUUACAAAGAAGAUUACUAGGUUGGGAAAAAGAUUUUAUUGCAUUACAAAGUGAAAUCCAAAGUCUCAAUGUAGAAGGUGAAAGAUUAUUGAAAGCUCUAAUAGAGGAAGCUCCACAAAGAAGAGAUUUAUAUCUUAUCUCCGGAGAAUUGUAUGCUUCAAAAGAAGUCAAUCAUUUAAGAUUAGAAUUGAAUCAGGAAUGGGAACUUUUACAAGUAGAGUUAAAAAGUCGUCAAGACAAAUUAUUAGCUUCAGCUGAGUUGCAACAAUUUUUUCAGGGUUUAGAUGAUAAUCAAUUGUGGUUACGUAAUAUUGAAAUUCGUGUAGCAACACAUCAAUUGCCAUUGUCUGUUGAAGAAGCCAAAGCUGAAAUUGAUAUGCAUAAAGAAUUAGGUGAACAGAUUUUAGCUCGUAAAGAUGAAUAUAGUGAUUUAAUAAGUUAUGGACGAUGUAUUACAGCUGGUGAAACAGAUGCACAUUACAUACAACUUGACCAACGUUUAGAUAGAUUAGAAAAUGGUUGGUCAGAAUUAAUGCAAAUGUGGACAUAUGAACAAAAACUUUUACAACAGAAUUUAAACUUCCAGAUAUUUUUACGCGAUGCACAUUUAUUUGAAACUUUGUUGUCAACACAAGAAAGUAAACUAAUGAAUUAUCAACUCAUAAAACAAAAGAAUACGGCCGAUAUUCUUACUUCGUUGAAAUCUCAAAAUGAAAUUGUUCAAUGUUUAAUAAAUGUUAAUGAAUCAUUGAAUCAUUUAUGUGAUACCGGGAAUCAACUCAUUAUAGAUAAAGUAUAUUCAAUGGAAAAAAUACAAAAUAAAAUUUUUUUUAUCAAAAACAGAUAUGUCACACUACUUGAUGAAGCUCGUACACUAGUGGAUUCAACUAAAGAUUUAAUAGCACUUCGAGAGAAUAUGCAACAAAUUCAAACGCUCCAAGAAUGGCUUAUAGAAAAGAAAGAACUUGUUGAAGAAUACGAUCAGGCAGGUAAACUAUCAAAUAUGGGUUCAUUGGUACCAUACAAAGUAUUCGUCAGUAAACAAUAUACACAACAUCGCGUACUUGAAAUUGAAAUUGAAUCUAAUAAUGAUCGUAUUGAACAGGUUUUCCAAAAUGUAGUCAAUACCAUUGUACAAUAUCCACGUAUUGCGGAUCAAUUGAGUGAAUCACUUAGUAAUUUAAUGAUACUAUGGGAGAGUCUACGUAAAUUGAUACGGGAAAGAGGUGAUUAUAUGGUUCAGUUACACAGGGCGAUUAUAUUUGAAGAUGGAUACAACGAAUUAAAUCGUUGGUUAGAUAAAUUUUUUAUAGAAUUUUUAUCUUUUAAAUCAUUUGAUAAAUUAAAACAAUUCGAAGAACAUGAUGAACAAGAUCCAUCAAUGAUGGUGGAAAGUUUAAUUGGACAAUUCACAUCAGAAUAUAAUCAUAAUAUGAAAAUGAUCGAAGGAACAACAGAAUCAUCAAGUAACAUUUUGGAAUAUCUUAUACAAAAUAAGUUUAUGAAUCAAAAUUGGACCAAUAAAGCUAAUAUACCAGGUUGUACUAGUAUGAAUGAAGUAUCUUCUUAUUUGAACAAAAUGACCGAAUAUUUAAUCAACAUUGAUGUAAAGAAAAAACUUUUAGUUGAACUUCAUGAACAUUCCAAGAUCCUAUCAAAACUUGAUAACCAAAAUCAGAAUACUGAAGCAGAGUUAAAAAUGCAGAGUUUGAUCAAGAAAUUUUGGAAAAUUCAAAUAUUUGUUUAUGAACAUGCUGAAGAACUGAAAGCACAAAAACACAUUUAUCAACUUUAUAGAGAUUUAGAAAAUGAGAGGAUUUGGACUCAUGAAAAACUUCUUUUAGCCGAUAACACUUAUAUUGGUCGAUCCUUAUUUGCUGUAAAUCAGCUGAUCAGGCAACAUCAAUUACUCAUAAAGGAAGUAGCCAAUAGGACAGAUAGAAUGGAAAUCGCGAUACAAGAUGCAGAUAAUAUUAUUACGAAAUUUCAGUCAACAUUUGAAGUAGUCAUAGAUGAUUAUUCUAAAACAACUCAACAAUCGACGGUUAAAUCGUCUGAGAAAACAAUGACCAUUCAAACAGACGAUAAUUUUAUUCAAAUUGAAUUAUCAACUGAUAUAGGUGUAAAAUAUAAUAUCCCUAAGAAAAUUCUAAUCGAUUUGCACACAUUAGUGAUAGAACUACGUCAUGAUUUAAAAAAUUUGGUUGAUAGAAUGUCCAAACGUACUGAACGAUUAAAUGUAGGCUUUCAAUGUUUUACACAUCUUGGUGAAUUUGCAGAAUUACGCAUUUGGUUACAAGAGUGUGAAGAUAUGUUACUUUUAGAAUCAAGAGCAAGUCGUGAUACAAUUACAGCUAAAACUGAACUUAAAAAACAUGCCAAUAUUGAAUUUCGUGUAAAUACAUUGUUAGCAAAUUGUGUUUGUGAUUUCAAUCAGAAAUCAUUAAAACUAAUAAAUGAGUUUUUGGAACGUAAAGAAAAAUACAAAAACCAACUGGAUUUAAUUAAAACAAAUGAAAAUCUAGAGAAAGUUGUUGAGCGAUUGUCUGGAAUGCAAGUUGAGAAGCGAACUGCUCAAAGUCAGUUGUCACAGUCUAUUCUGCAUGAUGAAAAUAUGAAUAAAGUAAAACAAAGUUCAUUUGAGAAUUUGAUAAAUCGUCGUAAACUUCGUAGUCAAAUCAAACAAAUACGUAAACGUAUUCAAGUUAUACAGUCUAUUCAACGAAUUAUGGACCGUCAAUAUGCAAGUUUAUUGGAUGUUUGCGUACAGAAACGUCAACGUUUAGAAGAAAUUCUAUCCUUGAGCAUUGUUUAUGAAGAAGUUUCAGAAUUGAAAAGUUGGUUAAAUCAACAAAUCGUUAUAGCUUCUUCAACAUACACCGGUCGAACUUUGAACGAAUGUGUACGUAUUAUCAAUCGAUUCGUGCAUUUUGGUGAAAAUCUUCUAGGUGAAUCUUUUACAUCGUUUGUAGAAGUUGAACUACGUUCAUUUGAUCCUAUAUCAACAGUAUAUACCAUGAACAUAACUGAUCAAUUUGUAAACACAUCUGGUUUAGCUUCCGAACGCACUGCAAGAGUCAUGAACAUGUGUCGUUGUUUAAUACGUACAAAACAUUCAGAUUCUCCACGUAUUGCAUUUUGGCAAGAUAUUAUUUCAGAAACAUGGGCUGAUUUACGUGAAUUAAUUUGUUCACGAGUUAAAUUAUUAAUUUCAGCUGCUCAUCGAUUUAUUUUUGUAACUCGUUGCUCUGAAACUUUGAAACUUGUUCAAGAAAAAUCCGAUCAAUUAUCUCAAUCAAUUGGUAAAGAUGUACAAGCCAUUUGUAAACAACUUUCUUUGUUAUCUGCAUUUGAACAAGAUGUCCAAGCUCUUGAACCACUAGUAAGUUAUUAA